UCCUUCCUCUCACAUUUGAAUAGAGUCGCAGCAGAACCUCUGAAAGUGACCAGACACAGAUCCACCCUGAAGUCCACCGGCGUCUGCAGGUGAUCUAUCUAUCAGUGAACGAUGGCGGACAUCAAACACAUCCCAGCGGAGGAGAUGGAGGACCUGAGAGAGGCCUUCAGCAAAGUCGAUGUGGACGGUAACGGUUACAUCAGCACAGACGAGCUGAACGACCUUUUCCGAGCCGCAAACCUUCCUCUGCCCGGAUACCGUAUCCGAGAGAUCGUCCAGGAGCUCAGCAGGACCAUGGACCUCAACCAGGACGGGAAGAUCACCUUCGAUGAGUUCGCCAAGGUGGUUCAUGAUCUGAAGAGCUCAGAAGUGGCCAAGACCUUCCGGAAAGCCAUUAAUAAGAAGGAGGGAAUCUGUUCAGUGGCGGGAACAUCGGAACAAUCCGGGACACAGCACUCGUACUCCGAGGAGGAGAAAGUGGCUUUUGUGAACUGGGUCAAUAAAGCCUUGGAGAAAGAUCCGGACUGCCAGCACGUUCUUCCCAUGGAUCCCAGUUCAAAUGAUCUGUUCACCGCAGUGGGAGACGGCAUCGUACUCUGUAAAAUGAUCAACCUGUCUGUGCCGGACACGAUCGACGAGAGAACCAUCAACAAGAAGAAGCUCACACCCUUCACAAUCCAGGAGAAUCUGAAUCUCGCACUGAACUCGGCCUCUGCUAUCGGCUGCCAUGUGGUGAACAUCGGAGCAGAGGACCUGAAGGAGGGCAGGCAGCAUUUAGUGCUGGGACUCCUGUGGCAAGUCAUCAAAAUCGGCCUGUUCGCCGACAUCGAAAUUAGUAGGAACGAAGCUCUGAUCGCACUGCUCAGGGAUGGAGAGAGUUUGGAGGAUCUGGUUAAACUGUCUCCUGAAGAGCUGCUGCUGCGCUGGGUCAACUAUCACCUGGAGGAGGCCGGAGCGCCCAAAAUCAACAACUUCAGCUCAGAUAUCAAGGACUCCAAGGCUUAUUACAACAUCCUGAACCAGGUGGCACCCAAAGGAGACGACGAGGGCAUCCCGGCCAUCCCUAUCGACAUGACUGGCAUACGGGAAAAAGACGACCUGAAGAGAGCCGAGAACAUGCUGGAACAGGCCGACCGGCUCGGGUGCCGACAGUUCGUCACGGCCACAGACGUGGUGCGAGGAAACCCCAAACUCAACCUGGCCUAUGUGGCCAAUCUGUUCAACAAGUAUCCCGCUCUGAAGAAGCCGGAAAACCAGGACAUCGACUGGAGCUCUAUUGAGGGAGAGACCAGAGAGGAACGCACCUUCAGAAACUGGAUGAACUCACUGGGCGUUAAUCCACGUGUCAAUCAUCUCUAUGUGGAUCUGGCUGAUGCGCUGGUGAUCUUCCAGCUGUAUGAAAAGAUCAAGGUUCCUGUGGACUGGGACAAAGUGAACAAACCACCGUAUCCCAAACUGGGCAGCAACAUGAAGAAGCUGGAGAACUGCAACUACGCAGUGGAGUUGGGAAAGAAGGAGGCCAAAUUCUCUCUGGUGGGAAUCGCUGGACAGGAUUUGCAUGAAGGCAAUCGAACUCUCACACUCGCUCUACUCUGGCAGCUCAUGAGGAGGUACACACUGAACAUCCUGGAGGAUCUGGGCGACGGGCAGAAGGUGAACGACGACACCAUCGUGACCUGGGUGAACGACGCGCUCAAACAAGCCGGUAAAGGCACCAUCAGCGGCUUUAAAGACGGGUCCAUCUGCACCAGUAUGCCGGUCCUGGACCUGAUUGACGCCAUCCAGCCCGGCUCCAUCCGCUACGACCUCCUCAAGGCAGAAGACCUGACCGAUGAAGAGAAACUCAACAACGCCAAGUACGCCAUCUCUAUGGCGAGGAAGAUCGGAGCCCGUGUGUACGCGCUGCCGGAGGAUCUGGUGGAGGUGAAGCCGAAGAUGGUGAUGACGGUGUUCGCUUGCCUCAUGGCUCGGGGAAUGAGACGAAUCUAGAACCGCAGCCGGGAUUAUACGCCUGCGUCUCAUCGCCUUUUACAUUUCCUUCAUAUGUCUUUUAUAGUUGCUCAACUAUUGGGUUCCUGUUCCAUGCACUGUAAAAAAGUAUUUCUUGUUUUUCAGGACAAAUAUCUAAACAUUCUUAAAUCAUGUUUAGAUAUCAAAUUUUGACAUGUCAUAAUUAUGACUUAAUAUGUCAGAAUUUCAACUUUUUAUGUCAUAGGCUAAUUAUGAUUUACAAAAGCAUGAAUUUCUUGUCAUAACUAGGCCUUUAUUAUUGAUGCAACCAAAA